UUCUCGUACCGUCAACACCUAGUUCGAAGCAGCUCAUCAUGACUGGACGCGGCAAGGGAGGAAAAGGCCUUGGCAAGGGUGGCGCCAAGCGGCAUCGCAAGGUUUUACGCGACAACAUCCAGGGCAUCACCAAGCCGGCCAUUCGGCGUUUGGCCCGUCGCGGUGGCGUGAAGCGGAUUUCCGGACUGAUCUACGAGGAGACGCGCGGCGUUCUGAAGGUGUUCCUGGAGAAUGUCAUCCGAGAUGCUGUGACGUACACGGAGCACGCUAAACGCAAGACGGUCACCGCUAUGGACGUUGUGUACGCGCUCAAGCGGCAAGGACGUACCCUGUACGGAUUCGGCGGAUAAGGCAUUGGAGAGGCAACUAAUCGAAACAAAACGGCCCUUUUCAGGGCCACUGAUUCAAUCACGAAAGAGUUGUUCGUAAAAAAUUCUUUGAUUCUGUUAGUAUGGUUAAUUAUUAUUUUCCCGACAGCUUUGAGCUUAGUAAAUUCUGAUGAACUUGUCCUAAUCCCACUAGUUCAAGUUUUCCUGGUCAUGGACUCAAUGUAUAUGAUGUAAGCUAUUUCGAAAGAAGCAAAUCAUUUCAACUAAAUUAACCGUUAAUUGGUCAAAUUCCCAUGUAAGUUCUAAAACUCAUCCUGAAACAACAUUUGAAAAGGGUGCAUAAGUAUUUUGACAGCUGAUGUUUUCCCAACUCCAUGCGUGCAACAUGGACUUUUCACUAUGGCAACCUUCACAGAGAGUUUAACUUCAUGUUGCAGAUUUGACAGUUAAUCGAGAAAUGGAAAAGAGAGAUGUGAGCCGGUAACAUAGAAAACCACCUGUCACAGAAGCUUGACAUAAAG